UAGUAGUAGUAAAAAUAGUAGUAGCAGUCAAAAAAGUACUACUUUUAACAGUAGUAGCAGUAGUAAAAAUUCAGCAACAAAUACCAGCACACGUCUCUAUCCAACUGCAUUAAGAAGAAAAAUACGUAAAACUUCCAGACGGAAGAGGAAACGUAGACGUAGCGGAUGUUUACACAACAAUGACAACAGCAGCAACUUUGUAAAUAUGGUGGACAAUAUAACGGCAACAGCAGUAGUAGCAAGAACCAACAAAACAACUAAAAGUUAUAAAUGUAAACUAAGUCAGGAAAAGAUAAGCUUAAUAGUAAAAAAUAUAGUGACACUGUUAUUAUCCCAAACAACACAAAUAAAAACAACAGCAAAAUUAGCACAUGCAACAACUACAACAACUGCAACGGCAGCAGUAGCAUCAUCUAAUAGAAAAUAUGCCACAAAUAAUGUUUACAAAAGUAAAAAAGUUCAAUUACAUUUAAAACAGCAACAAAAAAUUCAACAAUGGCAGCUUAAAUAUUUAUACGCUCUAGGGAAAUGUUUUGUAAAAACAACAACAAGGCAACAACAGAAACAAGAACAUGUACAUGAUACAGCACAACCCCAAAUAACAACAAAAUUACUACUAAACUCUAGUAAUACUACAACACGAACUGCACUUUCAACAUCAUCAUCUGCAACAGCAACAAAAAUAACUAGCACAACAUUAUCAUCAACAACCCCUUCAUAUGUAAAUACUACUAGCAACACUUUUUCUACUCUACUACAACCCAAAUGCAAGGUUUUAACAACAAACGCUAACAGCUCCUCCUUAACUCACUCUUACUCCUGCUCAACGCCGUCAUCAUCAUCAUCAGCAUCAUCAUUCUCCACAUGGUAUAGUUUAACUUGCCCGGCUCCAGCUUUCAGAAUUCUCAAUGAAUUGUAUGGUGUGAUAUUUAUGACUCUACUGGUGCUUAGCAUAUGCCACAAUAACGGUAUGUUGAUAAAAAUUUAUACUGAAUGGUUUUUGUAAGUUUAGAACGUUUUUAUAUUUAAAUGUUUAUAAAAAAGUUUACAUCAGUUACACUUAUAGACUAAAGCCAUAG